ACAAGAUAAUGUACCUAACUGCAAUAUUAUAGCAAUUAUUCAUUUUUGAUAAAAGUGAAUCAUUGGAAUAUAUUUGGAUUCCACAUUUGAGUGCAACGUGUGUACAAGUAAUAUGAAAACAAGUUACGAAACACAUCGAAAUGAAUGUCGGGCCUUGAGAGGUUUGACAUUAUUUGAAGAUGUUGAUCCUCAGUAUAGGGUUGCUUCUUGGUCUUUUAUGUUCGGUGAACGGAUUACGUGAAUACGAGAAGAAAGAUUUAAUUGCUUUAAGGGAAGAAGUACGAUCUAUGUUCGAUCAUGCUUAUUCGAGUUACUUAACAUAUGCUUACCCGUACGAUGAACUACGGUCGUUGAGUUGCGAUGGAUUCGAUACAUGGGGUAGUUUUUCAUUGACGCUUAUCGAUGCUUUAGACACUCUUGCCGUAAUGGGCAAUUUUUCCGAAUUUCGACGCGUGGCAGCGAUUAUAAGCGCCAGAGCAAACUUUGAAGCCAACAUAAACGUAUCUGUAUUUGAAACUAAUAUCCGAGUAGUCGGAGGGUUACUCAGUGCUCAUCUCUUGUCACGUAAAGCUGGUGUCAAUCUGGAGCCAGGAUGGCCUUGUAACGGUCCGCUAUUACGUCUUGCAGAAGAUAUGGCAAAACGAUUAAUUGCAGCUUUUGAUACUCCAACAGGAAUGCCGUAUGGUACAGUUAAUUUGAAAUAUGGAGUGCCAGAAGGUGAAACAAGCAUCACAUGCACUGCUGGUAUUGGUACAUUUUUGUUAGAGUUUGGAACUUUGUCUAGACUAACUGGGGAUCCAUUGUAUGAAGAAGUUGCCAUGAAUGCUAUUAAAGCAUUACAUUAUUAUAAAUCGAACAUUGGGUUGGUUGGUAACCAUGUUGACGUAUUAACGGGUUACUGGACAGCUCAAGAUUCUGGAAUUGGCGCAGGAGUUGAUUCUUAUUUUGAAUAUUUGGCAAAGGGUACCUUAUUAUUUCAAGACCCACUGCUAGCAACAAUUUUUCAUGAACACAAAGCUGCUAUUGAAAAAUAUAUUCGUAAAGAAGAUUGGCAUUUGUGGGUUUCUAUGACUAAAGGUCAAGUGACCUUACCAGUCUUUCAAUCUCUGGAUGCUUAUUGGCCCGGAGUACUCAGCCUUUUUGGUGAAAUUGGAGAUGCUAUGAAGUCCGUACAUAAUUACCAUCGCGUUUGGAAACAAUUUGGUUUUACACCAGAGUUUUAUAAUAUCCCGCAAGCAGAAGCAGGCACUAACAGGGAAGGGUAUCCAUUAAGACCAGAGCUUGUAGAAUCAGUUAUGUAUUUGUAUAGAGCAACGGGUGAUCCUUACUUGAUACAAGUAGGAGUAGAUAUAUUAAGAAGCCUGCAACACAGCGCGAAAACUACAUGUGGGUAUGCAACAAUCAAUGAUGUCAGGGAUCAUCGUAAGGCAGACAGAAUGGAAUCAUUUUUCUUAGCAGAGACAACAAAAUAUCUUUAUCUCCUCUUUGAUCUUGAUAACUUUAUUCAUAAUUCUGGCCAGGAGGGUGAAAUUAUUCAGACUCAAUGGGGUCAAUGUAUUGUAGAUGCAGGUGGAUAUAUUUUCAAUACGGAAGCACAUCCCAUAGACCCUGGAGCACUGUAUUGUUGUCAUCAAAAUCAAAAUUUGUUCCCGAAUCAAAAGGCAGCAUUAUGGAAAUUUGUUCCUGCUAAUGACCAAACAGAAGAGGAAAAUGCAGAAUAUAAUACACCAUAUCAGGAUGACAUAAAAAAUAAAUAUAAUGAUAAACUACCAGUUAAAAUUGUAAAAUUAUCUGAAAUGAGGCAUACUUUCACAAGUGAUGCAGAAGACAAUCUUAAUACAAAUUUAGUUAAUCCCAUUCCACCCAUAAAUGACGAGACUGACGAAAUCACAAUAACGGAAGAAGAAAAUAAAUUAAAUAUAAACUCAGAAACUGAGCCCAUGAAAGUACUAGUUGUUGCACCUCCCUCAGUAAUUUAUAAAGCUGAUGAUAGUGAAAGUGUCGAUACUUUUGAAACAUCUACGUCCGAUGGUCAUUAUUCUGCGCCUGGUUUAAGAAAUCGUACAAAAUCAUUUAUUAAACAGACUAAUACAAGAGCAACAAGGUUUGAACCACAAAUACUACUAGAGAAUAUUAGAAAGGGAAAUUUAUAUCCCACAAAUGUUUCUGCGAGACAGAAUUAUCAGAUCUUGUCUUGUCAAUCUCAAUCAUUCCUGCAACGUAUAUCCAUUAUGGGAGAAUUUUUUUAA